AGCGUGAGUGUUCUCGCAGUUCUGAAAUUGCGCUACGGUCGUCGGGAAGUGUGUUAUAUGUUCAACGAAAAAAUCGUUUCUGUUUAUUAAUAUUAAAUAUAAAUUUCGUUGUGUUCGAUGAAACUAAUGUUACAAUCGUUUCGGGUGUGUUGUUACUCAGCGCUGCUGCUGAUGGUGCUCUUUAAUUUUGAUUAUUAGUACGUUUUGUUGAUAGAAUUUUAUGAAUUUUUUUUUGUUUAAAAAUAAAUUAUUUACAACAGACGUUUAAGGAACAAAAAAUUAUUUAAAAAAAAAGAAAUUUUUUGUGUUGAUGUCGCAGAGUGAACAGAGUAUUUUAUAUGGAGACAACACACCUCUCGUACAAUUUAUAUUCGUAGAGAAUUUGUAGAGUUGUUGUUUUUGUUGUUGUUGUCAUAUUUUAGUCAUUUCUGUGUAUAUUAUACACGAAACUAUCACAAAACUAUCAUCUACGAUCGUGUGCUGUGUAUGUUAUACGUACCUUUAAAUCUGUGAUGUAAUUUCAAUCAACCAGCAAAUGUGUGAUUAAAUCGGUGUAAAACUGGGUACGAAAUUGUUGUUUUAUGUGCGCGAAAUAAAAAGUAAUUUUUCCACUCUUUAUGAACUCAUCUGCAUGGUUAUAUCGUGCUAUUAAUACAACCACAUAAAACUGCAUACGGAUUAUCAACAUUCAAUAUAUUUUGUGCUAAUUGAUUAACCAAAACCGCAAAUAUAUAUUCGAAUACACAUUUUGUAUAUAAUUAUAAUAUGCAAGACGACCACAAUGGAAGUGUAUGUAAUAUUCAAAUUACUUCGCAUAGUGCUUUGUUGAGUGAAAAAUGAGAAAAAGUUUUUUUUCUUCUGCUAAACAAAUCUGAACAACACGCUAAACAGCUUGUUUUGUUGACAAAGCGAACGGCAUCAACAGUAUAAACAAUCCCAGAGGCAGUCAUCAAUAUAUAUGAAUAUUAAUAUAAUGUGAAAUUGGAUACUAAUGUUGAAUAAAAUUGAAUGCAGAUUGAGUGUUUAAUUAAUUGGAAAUGAAAUAUUUAAUUUAGAAAUACUCUCCGAAUCUAAAUUUACAUUGAAUCAACUCGACCUGGUGGCUCGGAAAAUUUAAAACGGCAGUUCGGUGAAAAUAAGCGUAAUCUUAACGCAACCAUUUCGAAAUUUACAUUUUCCGUCGAUGUGCGUGCAGUUUUCUUUUUCGUCGUUUCGGUUCCGUAUUCACCGUAAAAGUCGACUGUUGACACGUAAAAAGUGAAUUAAAAUUUGGAAUAACAAAAAAACAGAGAAAAUUGUGCAAUUGAAAAAAAAAACGAUCGAGAAAAUUAUGUGAAAAGGAAAACGACACUGACAGAAAAAAAACAAGGAAUCGCGGAAAAAUGUUAAUGAUUUUCCCGAUGAAAAAUUUUGUGAUAUUUCGUAUGUGUGUGUGCGAUUAAAGUAACGGACCAUCGGGCAUAUUGACUAAUCGCGCGUGAAAACUGACGUCAUCUGCCGAAAAAAUAAAUAUUUUUAUUCGAAAGAAUAACUCUAUCGGACGUGUGACCGAUCAAAAAUGUGGAUUUGAACUAAUUUUUUAAGAAAGAAAAGUUUAAAAAUAAUUUCUGAAAGAAAAAUGAAUCAAAAAAAUACAAAUUUGUAUUGACUAGCACAACUUUACUACUCACUGUCUGCAAGUACAAAUAUAUUUGAUAUAACUCAUUAGCUACAACAAUAAACAAGAAAUAAUAAAUUCGUUUUUCAAUUAAUUUAAUUAACCGAAACCAAAGAUUUACAAUUUAAUUUCACCUUAAUAGAGCAAAAAAGAUUUUGUUGUAAAAAUUAUCUAAUUUAUUAACCGACUACAAUAACAACUACAUAUCUAAACAACCGAAUUCUUUACUGACAAAACAAAAUUAUUAAUUUAUCUUCACUUGUCGCACAACCAACCUAACCAUAACGUUUUAUUUUUUUUUUCGUUUUGUUUUUAAUAACAAUGGACAACACUAAUUUUAUGAGAAAAGUUUUAAUGAAAAUAGCAAAUAUAAAAUAAAUUGAAAACACAAAACCAAAAUUCCAAUAAGUUAUGCUACGAAAUAAUAAAUUUUGUGUGUUAACAGUGCGCCCAUCGAAUAACCGACGCUAUAAAGUUUGCAGCCAAUUGAAAUUAAAUUAAAAAUAAACCAAAAAAAUUGUUUUAAAAAAUAUUAAAAAACAUGCCAUUAUAAGUGACGAUAUUAUGUGGAUGUUUGUGAAUGGAAAAUAAUAAUAAUAAAAAGCAGCACCACAUCAACACCGCAACAAAACGCCAAAAAUUUAAAUAAAAUUUUCUUUUAAUUUCAUGUUUUCCGUUUUUUCGUUUCCGUUUUGAGUUUUUUUUUUUCGUUUUUUUUUCUCUCUAUUUUGUUCUUUUAUUUUCGUUUUAAUCACGUCAUGGCAACUACUGCCAAACAAUCUUCGUCAGUUAGAGGUUCGUCAGCAUCAGCAACUCAAUCUCCAAAUUUUGCCGAAAGUGGUGAAGAAGACAUUGAAACAAUUGCCAAGCAAAUAUCGGACCAUGCCGAAGCGAUUUAUCAAAAUUGGAAAGCACGCGGACUAGCGCCCACCGAAAUAUUGAAUUGUCAUACGGGUACUAGUGACGCAUUCGGUAAAACCUUGACGCCACCAACACACCGUAGCAAAGAAUCACCUGUGACCGAACUGUUAGCGCAAGCGCCAGACAUGUCGAACAAUAAUUUAGAGAAAUUGGUCAGUUCGUUUGUGAACGAGGACAAGGCACGGCAACAGAGAAAAUCGAACAUAUUGACAAGUGGAACGAUCAAAGAUGCGCUACGGAAAUUUGAAUGCGCUGAUCGGAAUACGAGUGUGAAACCAAAUUAUUUACGUAAUACCAGCCCGCAGCCAAAUAAUCAACGGAAUUCGAGUCCGCAACCGAGUACAAAUGGUAAUAAGUUAAAUAAAAAUGUGCCAGAUGUGUUGAUGAACACAAUCGAUCAAGUUGUAACAGUUAAGGAACAAUCACCACCACGACAGAAACCAGAGACUCCGGCCAAACCAGCUAGUCUUAUCAAUCAUACACCAUCGUGGCCAUUAAAAAAUCGUUUAGGCUCCAGUCCGAUUAAAAAGGACGGCCAAAAAAAUGGUGAGGAAAAUAUAAACUCAGUGAAACACAGUGACAAAACGAAAAAGUCGUCCGAUUUGAUGGACGAAGUACUGAUGGAAGAGGAACGAUUAAUAAAUGCCCUGAAAACGGGAACAGUGCUAAAUAAUGAUAAAAUGCUGCCGGAAGUGAUAACAUCCACCCUACUGACUGACACAACGGAUCGAGGUACAACUUGGACAAAGCCAUCAAUAUCAACCACCGUAUCUUCCACAUCCAUCACAACAACAAUAUACGAUGAAUUGCAUCACAAGCCAGUCACAAAUCAAUCGACCGAAAUGGCUCCGACAAAAAUAACAAAACCGUUCCGGCCGCGUAACGAUGCGGCCGUACCGCAUCCAGAAGUGAGUUUGAAUUCAACGAAAGCCAAUCAUAGUGUGGCUACACGCGGCUCGUCAAGCAAUGCAGCGGUACGACCAUUUUUAACGCGCGGAUCGGUUGCCGAACGUGUGUUAAUGUUUGAAAAGUGUCCGGAAGCGAAGGCUUUAAGGAAUAUACCAAAGGAACCAGCCAAAUUAGCGACAAAGCCAGUAGCCAAACCAAGCGAAUCACACACAACGCUACAGAGGCACAUACGAGGUUCCAAAAACGUUUAUAUUCCAAAAUUUUAUUAUCCAUUUGGCAAACCUGCAGCGUCAAUAUCGCUUGAGCAGCAAAUACUUCAACGACUGCAGGCAGCAUUUGAUCAAUUUCCAAAUAAACAAGUACCAAAAGAAGACUUUACAAACAUUCUAAAAAUCUGUGCACUUCCAUUAUACUGGCGAAUGCCAUUGUUUCACUGUGCAGUAAUAACACCGAACGGACUAUGCGAUGGCAAAAAGUUUAUUGAAUUUUGGAAACAAAUGUCGGUAUUCUGUCACGAUCAAACGUCUCGAUUCGUAUUCAUAUUAUCGCAUGGACAACGAUCGCGACAGUACAUAUUACCCGAAGACUUAGUAUCGCUGGUUCAAGAUGUUGUCGACACACAUCCAGGACUGGCUUUCCUUAAAGAAGCCGCUGAGUUUCAUUCUCGUUACGUUCACACAGUCAUUGCUAGAAUAUUUUAUACCGUCAAUCGUAGUUGGUCGGGACGGAUUACCAUACCCGAACUGAGGCGAUCGAAUUUAUUGCAGGUCCUUCAACUGCUGGAGGAGGAGGAAGAUAUCAAUCAAAUCAUGGCCUACUUCAGUUACGAACACUUUUACGUAAUCUAUUGUAAAUUUUGGGAAUUGGAUCGAGAUCAUGAUCUUUUCAUUGAUCAAAACGAUCUUGCACGGCACAAUGACCAUGCGCUUUCUACUCGCAUUAUUGAGCGAAUAUUCUCGGGUUGUGUGACCAAAGGUGCACGAAAUCGAAAUAAUUCAGCCGGAGCGCAGAAGAUGUCGUACACCGAAUUCGUUUGGUUUCUAUUAUCAGAAGAGGACAAGACUAAUCCCACAGCCGUGGAAUACUGGUUCAGAUGCAUGGAUCUGGAUGGUGACGGUGUACUGUCCAUGUACGAAUUGGAAUAUUUCUACGAAGAACAACAGCAUCGGAUGGAAUCAAUUGGAAUUGAAACUUUACCGUUUGAAGACUGUUUAUGCCAAAUGUUAGACAUGAUAAAACCAAUGCGACCCGGAUAUGUGACACUGAGCGAUUUGAAGCGCUGCAAAAUGACGCCGAUUUUCUACGACACAUUCUUCAAUUUGGAAAAAUACAUGGAACACGAACAACGGGAUCCGUUUGCUUCGCAACGGGAUCAAGAUGAAAUGACUGACUGGGAUCGAUAUGCAGCUCAAGAGUAUGAACUGUUGGUGGCCGAAGAGGGCGGUGAUACUCAAGGCUCUUACGAUGAAGACGAGGACGAGUACGAGUCAAACAUCGAUGUUCUCGAGACACAAUUGGACGAUUGUAUGUCGAACAUGAUAAAAGAGUGGUAAAUUAGGAGAUUAAAAUAAUAAAAUAAUUUAAAAAAAGUUUUAAGACAAAAAGUGAAAGUAAAAA